UGGAUCGGUGCGCUGUAGCGGUCGGACCGGGAGUUUUUUUUUUCCCCCUCCUUUUUCCUUAUAGGUGCGCUCUCUCCUCAUGUGCGCUCCUCCUGGACGCGGAGGAAUCGGGGAACAGCUGAUCAUGGGGUCAUCAUCAUCAUCAUCACCACCACCAUCAUCAUCAUCAUCAUCAUCCUCAGCAUCUUCAGCAGUGUCAGCGCUUCUCUUUACUUUCUUCUCCGCGGCGCCGGAUCACGAGAAGAAGAGCGCGCUAAAAUAAAACUCUGUGGCUUCUGUCGUCGAUUGUUCCAAACCCGGGAAACUUUUCUUCUUUUUUUGUUAUAAAACUGUUAUUUAUCAUAAAGCCAGUGGAAUGGAGGUCCCAACUUUCCUGCUGUCCAGUCUUGCCCUGCUCUUUGUCGGAGGGGAUAUUUUCACCAGGGCCAUGCUGAGUGACAUUGGGGACUAUGUAGGUACAGACAUUGAAAUAUCCUGGUUACCUAAUCUGGAUGAUUUAAUGAAGGGCUAUGCCAGAAAUUUUCGCCCUGGGAUAGGAGGUCCACCAGUGAACGUGGCCAUGGCUAUCGAGGUGGCCAGCAUUGACCACAUCUCAGAAGCCAACAUGGAAUACACCAUGACCGUGUUCCUGCGGCAGAGCUGGCACGAUGACCGCCUGUCCUACAAUCACACCAACAAGACGCUGGGGUUGGACAGUCGCUUCGUGGACAAGCUGUGGCUCCCCGACACUUUCAUCGUCAACGCCAAAUCUGCUUGGUUCCACGACGUGACCGUGGAGAACAAGCUGAUCCGCCUGCAGCCCAACGGGGUCAUUCUGUACAGCAGCCGAAUCACUUCAACAGUGGCGUGUGACAUGGACCUGACCAAGUAUCCCAUGGAUGAACAGGAGUGCAUGCUGGACCUAGAAAGCUACGGUUACUCCUCAGAGGACAUCGUGUAUCACUGGUCGGAGAGUCAGAGACACAUCCACGGCCUGGACAAACUGGAGCUCUCCCAGUUCACCAUCACGGACUAUCGAUUCGUCACUGAGAUGAUGAACUUCAAAUCUGCGGGACGAUUCCCUCGGCUCAGUCUUCGCUUCCAGCUGAGACGCAACCGAGGCGUCUACAUCAUCCAGUCAUACAUGCCUUCGAUAUUACUGGUUGCCAUGUCUUGGGUGUCCUUUUGGAUCAGCCAAUCAGCAGUCCCUGCUCGUGUAUCCUUAGGCAUCACAACUGUUCUGACCAUGACCACGCUGAUGGUGAGCGCCCGCUCCUCCCUGCCCCGAGCGUCGGCCAUCAAGGCGUUAGACGUCUACUUCUGGAUCUGCUACGUCUUCGUAUUUGCGGCGCUCAUCGAGUACGCCUUCGCUCACUACAACGCUGACUACCGACUCAAAGAGAAGGCCAAGGUGAAGGCCAACAAGCUCAGCUCCGAGUCCAUCGUAAAGAACGGCAAACAGGCCAUGGUUCUGUUCUCCCUGUCGGUCACUGGCAUGAACCAGGGCGUGAUGAUUUCCAGCCGUCACGGCCGGACCCAGCGCUCCAGCAGUGAGAUCCCCGGGGAGGGGGGCAGCGAGGAGGCCGAGCCGAGGAGGAGAAGGUCCAAGCAGCCGGAGGAGAGCGAGGAGGAGAAGAAGAAGUGCUGUUCCAAGUGCGUCUGCAAGCCCAUCGACGCCGACACCAUCGACAUCUACGCCAGGGCCGUGUUCCCUUUCACGUUCGCCGUGGUGAACGUGAUCUACUGGGUGGCGUACACCAUGUGAGGAGAAGGCAGCGGGUCUGUGCCAAUGGCCGCCGUCCAGGGUUGUACAUAAGAAACUGCUGGAGCUGUGCCACUUCAGUGCUGGCAGACUGGUGCAGCUGAAAUAUAAACUACUGCAGGCCUCAGUGGAAAGAAAAAACAACUUCAGAAGACAUGAAGUGUUACGACCUGUGAACAUGGAAAUAUGGUAAUUAAUUGGAAGUAGUCAUGAGUUUAAAAAGUGUUAACAGGACUUCACAUCUUUAAGUGCGAAUACAAAUAUGUGUUUUCAUGAAGGCGAAAGGACUGUGUUGCCUGUUGGAGACUCACAUGCUCAGUGAAAACACUUCGACCAACCAUCCACAUUCUUCCGUGUCAUCCUGCUCCAUGAACUGACUCAACUCAACACGGGACACGACAACAAACCGACCAACCGACCGACCAACCAACCAUCCUGCUUGACGACCACCGGCUCACAUCUUUCAAACACAAAUAAAAGCAUAGUUAGCCGAACUGACUCCAAGCCACGAUCCGGAGUGAACCGCCCGUUAUCUCCACGAGAAAACGCGCCGCCCGAACAAGAGGAUAACAAGAUGAGGUGUACUACUAUUCUGCAUGGCUGAUAACUCACGCACCCUCGUCCCCAGUCAUCGCCACCCCUCCCUCUCCUGCUCUUUCUCCUUUGGUCCUCCACCCUUUUUUUUUUUUUUUUUCCAAGUCAUUUUUUUGUUUUGUUUAGGAGUGUCUUAUCUCCUUCUGCCAGUUCUGCCUGUUUCCUCACCAUUA